GGGUCGCGCUUCUUCUCUCAAGUCCUGUGUGCUGAUUCCAUGGACUCGGACCAGACGGAUCUCCAUUGGCGCCGGAAAUCUUGGGUUUUGCUGAACUCGUGAUGGCUGAUUUCCCCCAUGAAGUUCGAAUCCGAUGAUUGGAUGCUUCUACGCACCCUGGCCCCGCCUCUCACGACGCUGUGAGCGGUUCGAUGUUGCUCGACCGUCAUGAUUUUCACGACUACUCGGGGCGGGAUUGAACGAACUACAGGACAUGACACACGACACGACACGACUCGAGUCGACAUCCCUGUCCGCACUCAUGGUGCUGUUUCCCGUUGCUGUGCGAUUCCUUGGCCACGCGUGCUUGGACGGACUCGACGUGCAGAUGUCAUGGUUUUCUCGCUGGGGCGGGGCCGGUCUCGUGUGCUUUCACUUCCAGACCGAUGUGUACGUACUCGUGAUACUCCACCCUACAUACGGUAUACGUACGUAUGGCGCACGAGGUCCCCUCCUUCGUUUGAGGAUUCCGGGGUCUCACCAAUGCUUUCGUACCAAAGUACAGCGAUCCAAGGAUAUUUACGAAUUUGGUCAUGUGGUCCCUCUCCUUUGUUUACGACGCAGUGGAGAUCACUAAGCGCGGUGUUUGCACUUGGUUUCUUCUUUUUCUCGAGAGAACCGCUGUGUAGCUACCUAGCUAGGCAGUGGAUAUGAAGACACCUCAGGCGGACCCAUCCAGCCAAGUAAGGCCGACGGUCAUGCCCAGGUGCCCUUCGAACAAUAAGCAGGGAGAUGUCAUCGUCUCGGCAAUGCAGUCAGCUGCACAUGAAGAGGACUUGGGCGG